UGCCAUUUUUUGUGGUCCCCUAUUUUUAGAAAAGUAUCGAAAUAAUGUUGGUACCGGUACCAAAAUGUUGGUAUCCUGACAACACUACUCUAGACAUGGCAUUUUUUUCCAUGAGCUUCCACCAAACACAAAGAAUGAAUUGAACAUGAGAUUUACAGCAUAUUUAAAACCAAUUUUAAAAAAAAGAGUGUGAAGAUCUGUCACUAAACUAGUUUGGUGUGUGUUUUUUGUCGGCGCUCUUAGUUUUCUUCCGUUUCCCUGAGCGCUCGUUUCCCUCACCUGUCCCUGAUUGGCAGCCCGGCACACCUGGUUGCAGUUGCCAAUCAGGCCGCUAUUUAUGCCUGCCUCACCUGUUCCUCAGGGCUCGAGGACUGACUACGUUAGGGGCCUUUAUGCUGGAUGCAUGACUCCUCCUCCUUGUUUGAGUAUAAUAAAAACUCUCACCUGCACGUCUUUCUCCUGUUUCCUCCAUCUUGGGGUCACAUGGGGUCCAUGCGGGCUCCUCCCAAAGAGUGCUUUAAAAAAAAAAAUGGUAUAAUGGGUUAUACUUAUAUAGCGCUUUUCUACCUUCAAGGUACUCAAAGCGCUUUGACACUAUUUCCACAUUCACCACGACCCAUCAGGAGCAAGGAUGAAGUGUCUUGCGAGGUUUGUAGAAGCCGGACGUGCAGCUUUCAGUCAGCAUGCACACGCAGUAAGAUGCCAAGUGCACGCAAACAUUUGGUGCGCACGGUGCCGAAGAAGAGAUCCUGGGGGGAGUUUUGGUUUGUAACUUUUGACAGUCAGUUUGCACACGCAAUAAGAUGCCAAGUGCACGCCAACAUUUGGUGCGCACGGUGCCGGAGAAGAGGUUGGCGCGCAGGAAAGAGGGCGGUCAAAGCAGCCUUCUGUUGCACUUCCAGCCACAGUCUUUCCCCCCGCGUCCAUGCCGGACGCCUCCCCCUCCUCCUUGCAUUCGAAGCCCGCUUGGGUGAUGCCAUGCCACGGAACCACGGCGGAGAUGAAGGCGGCGCCGGGCUCUGGAUGAGGACCUCGCCGGGCCACCGCACCGACGGCGCGAAAGAUGUCGAGUCCGGACGGAUGAUGAUGAUGAUGAUGAUGAACAACAACAACGCCGGGGACGGCUUGCUGUCAGCCUCGAACGCCGCCGGCGGCUCCGACUGCCUGCGAGGGAAGCAGGGAGCCCGGCUCAGCCUGCUGGGCAAGCCGCUCAUAUACAGCGCGCAGAGCGGCCGCAGGAACGUGCGCUACCGGCGGCUGCAGAACUACCUGUACAACGUCCUGGAGAGACCCCGAACUUGGGCCUUCAUCUACCACGCCUUUGUGUGAGUUUCUUCUUCUUUUUUUGUGCACACCUGUUGAUGCUUCUCUGGAGGAAUGCACUGUUCAUAUCUUCCACGCAAAAAUACAUUUGGAAUCAAAUCAUGCUUUCUGCAAAGUUGGGCUGCAUGUUGCAGGGAGUUCAUUCUCAAACUUUUCCACUCAAGUGGAAUAUUUAUUUCCAUCCCCCUAACCAGAGAACAUCAUUUUUGGAUACACAAUCUAUAUUUAAUGUAUUAUUAUUAUUAUUAAAACUGUGUUCAUCUGUAAUGGUCAUGUUUGAAACAUUUCCACAUAUAAACAAAUGUAAUUUAAAUAUAUUACAAAAAAUGUUUAGGUAAUUAAAAAUAAAGCUGUACAUUUUGGGGGGAUGUUCAUUCUCAAACUUUUCUACUCAAGUGAAAUAU